ACCAUAGUAACCGCCCCAAACAAAAUAAAAUUUCAAAAUUGUCUUUAUCCAAAAAGUAUAUACGAAUAAUGAAUAACGACGUGACUAAUUAUUCUGUUAUAGGUAGAAUUGGAGAAGGAGCCCAUGGCUUGGUGUUCAAAGCUAGACAUUUGCCGAGUGGUCGGGAAGUCGCGCUAAAGAAAAUCCUCAUCAAAAACUUAGAAGACGGCAUCCCAGUCAAUGUUAUGAGGGAAAUCAAAGCCCUGCAGUUACUCAGAUGUAAAUAUAUAAUCAAACUAUAUGACAUGUUCCCACGAGGCAUGAGCUUAGUGUUGGUACUGGAAUAUAUGUGCUCAGGGCUGUGGGAAAUGCUGCAUCACAAACAACACGAACUGACAAUGCCAAGAGUGAAGACAUACGCGCAAAUGCUGCUCAAGGGAACGCGGUAUAUGCACGCACAUUAUGUGAUGCAUAGGGACCUCAAGCCUGCCAAUUUGUUGAUAAAUCACGAUGGUAUUUUGAAAAUUGCAGACUUAGGAUUGGCAAGAUUGUAUUGGCCUGAUGGUGGAAGACCUUAUUCACAUCAAGUAGCUACACGAUGGUACCGCGCGCCGGAGUUACUCUAUGGCGCGAGAUAUUACUCGGAAAACGUGGAUUUAUGGGCAGUUGGGUGUAUAAUAGCCGAGUUGAUAACACAAAAACCAUUAUUUGCGGGUGAAUCUGACAUAGAACAGCUCGCAAUAGUGUUGCAACACCUGGGUACACCCACAGAAGAAACUUGGCCAGGCCACUCUAAACUGCCGGAUUUCCAUAAGAUCACAUUCCCAGAGUCCACGCCCACGCCUUGGACAGACCUAUUGCCAGGCGUCGAGGCAGACGCGGUACAUCUAGUGAAAUCCUUCAUUUUAUAUGACGCCAACAAAAGGAUAUCAGCCAAAAAUGCCUUGCGACACUCCUGGUUUCAAACAAGACCGCUACCGGCCACCUUGGAAGAAAUGCCGAAGCCAGACGUCGGGAAACACAAAUAA